AUGGCCGAACGUUCGCGGGGAAGGACGCCUCUCCUACUGCUCAAGACCAAGUCUGCACCCACAGACACGUACGAGGAGCUCUUCAGCACCGUCGACAACGGUCGCUAUGCCCCCGUGUUCGUGCCCGUGCUCGAACAUCGGUUCAGGCGAGAUGCGCUGGACUUGGUGCAACACCACAUCACCAGCCGCGGCUUUGUCCCAGCCUCACAACAGGGACUGGCCACAUAUGGCGCCGUGAUCUUCACCUCCCAGCGCGCUGUCGAAGCAUUCGCCCAAAUUGUCGAGAGCAUCCGGGCCGAGGGAUCGCUGGCAAUUGAGCAUCUCCUUCCCCCCAGUUUGCCAUUAUAUGUCGUAGGUCCAGCUACAGCCCGUGGCCUGAAAUCCCUGAAGCUUCCAUGCCCCAUCCUGGGCGAGGAAACUGGUAAUGGUGAAGCCUUAGCUGCUUUUGUGUUGGACCACUACAACAGCAUGUAUGCGGGCACUCCGAAGCCGCCUAUACUCUUCCUGGUCGGUGAUAAAAGAAGGGACAUUAUACCAAAAACACUCCAGUCCGAAGAGCUGGAAGCCAAUAUGCGUUCAAGAAUAGACGAGUUGGUUAUAUACGAAACCGGAGAGAUGCAGUCGUUCAAAGCUGAUUUCUCUUCCAUCUGGAGGAAUAACGUGGAACGUGGGGCCCAACGCCAGUGGAUAGUUGUGUUUUCCCCAACCGGCUGUCAGGCGAUGCUGGAGAGCUUGGAUCUUCUUGAACCAGGUAGCAGAAGGGCCAAACCGAUGAACGAUGAGAGGAAGGUCUUCAUCGCCACGAUUGGGCCCACCACUCGCGACUACCUCAUCGAGGAGUUUGGCUUUAGCCCGGAUGUUUGCGCAGAGAGACCCAGCCCCGAGGGAAUCGCUGAGGGCAUCAAAGCCUUCACAGAAAAGCAUGGAUAA